AUGAGUACAUCUGCUGCAGCCUCGGCUGCACCUUCAACGAGCUUUGUUUUUCCAUCGACCUACAACUUCCCACCCUUCUUCACCCCGCAGCCUAACAGCACCACAAGACAUUCCCAGCUUCAAAAGUGGUCAUCGCUCAUCCAGUCAUGGUGCAGGCAUCACCGCAUCUAUCGUCUCUCUGUCGUUGAGGCGAUCGAUUCCCCGCUCUUCCACAAUGCCUCUCUGCGCAAGCGACUCGAUCUCGCCGAGGCUCGCGCGAUCGUGGAUUGGAUGACCAAGAAAGAGGAAGAAGGCGGUGGUGGACAGCGAGCGGAAUGGAUUGACGGCUUCUCAGCGGGCUCUAGCGCAAAGGGCAAGAACGCCGCUUGGAUUUGGUGGCGAAGGCCGGAAGAGUGGGCGGAUGUACUGCUGGACUGGAUCGAUGCGACGGGACAACGCGGGGUGGUGUUGACGGUAUUUGAGCUGGUUCAGGGAGAAGCCACAGUCUCUCAAGAAUUCCACGGUAUGGACCAUGAUGUUAUGAUGAAAGCAUUGAAUGUUCUCGUCAAACGAGGCAAAGCGUCCGUCUUCGGCAACGAGGGUGAAGAGGGUGUCAAAAUCUUCUAA